AUGGAGGACGUCUGUUAUUUCCUUGUCGGAAAGGUGGAGAGAUCGGCCCAAGCAGCCAAACGCAUUCUACCGACAUAUCCAUGUUUGCAACCAUCCGAAUCUACAGCAUUUCGAACUGCCUUGACCAAAUAUGUCGAAAUGUUGCGCAAUCGAGUCGUUAGGCCAGAGAGUCAACCUGUUUUGACAUCUUCAAAUAAUGCUAAGAAUAAGAAGGAUCAUGCUACAACUGAUGCUUGGUGGUGGAAAGACACAGUAGUGCGGAAGUCUAUAAUCGAAGAGUGCUCGGGUGACCGCUUUGAGCGCCUGCUGAUCGCACUCUCGACACACGCAAUUUGGAGUAGUUCACGUCCGACAUCUGCUGAUACCAUACAUGCCGAUGAGAAUACCGCACUGGUUAGUCUGCAAGAGCUGCCCAUGCGAUAUGCAUCCCUUGUCGUCUCUUCUCAGUCCUACCGACUCGCAUGGGAACGCACAGCUGCAUUGCUGCUACAAAGACAGCACGAAUUGGAUACUUUACGAAGAGCACUCACAGAUCCAAAACACAAGCCAUUAUCGAGAUACGCGUCUAUCGCGACAGACCGGCUUGUGGAACUGUGCGCAUCGCGAAAAGCAGAUCUAUUACGGGAUGGGUGGGUAGAUGCAGAUGGACAGAAAGCUCUGGAUUUCCUGCUUGAUCUAGCAAACUUGAAGGAUGUCGAGAGAACGCCUCAACAUAUAUCCUCGGGUAACUCUGAACCAUUGACCAUUCAAGCUCCUGCGCCCGGUCAAAGCCCACCUGCUCAACCUCUUGCCACAGCCGCAGCCCAUCACCCUUCACAUCUCAAAGCACUCACUACUCCACUUUUACCUCGAACAUCCUUGUCCACCGACACCGAUCAUACGACUGCAGACACUGCGGUGCAAUCAACUACCACCUCCCUCUCAAUGAACAUCACGCUUAGAGAGCGAUCGCAUGCUGCAGAACGCAGUAAGACCGCUCUAGAGGAAGCUUUGCGUCGCAUGCGAAUAAUGGGUCAGGGUCUCGAUGCGCGACUGGAGAAAGCUCAGGCAAGGGUGCAAGCGGCAGUCAGACCGGACGUGGUCUUGGAUUUGCCGGUGGUGAAUAAUGCAGGGCUUAAUGUUGAUUUUGAGGCACCUACGUCUCUGGAUCCUCCUGCGAAGACAACGCCUAAAGGGCCCCGAACCGUAGAAGAGCAUAUGCAUCAUAUUCUGAUGACCGAGUUGUCUCAGUAUCCUACCAUUCCGUCAAAACCAACUAUCUCAUACAUGGCGACCGAAGCCGCAGUGACACGAGACGUUCCAAGUCGGCCUGGACCUUCACGCUCUCAGACGACUGGUCCUUUGCGUAUUACCAAGAGCAGAGCUGCACCCGCACGACCUGAAAUUACAUCCAGGGUGCCUCUACCGUCGCCAAUCAAGGUUCGCCCAACCCCUACGACCAUUGAAGCCGAGCGUAUUGUUGAUUCCAUGAACGAGAGCACCACCUCGAGUAACUUCAAUAUAACAAAUCGCACCCCGAAAGCCUCCAGAACACUCAAGAGGCCUAGAUUAAUCCCCUUGUCGGCUACCUCAGAUCCAUUUUCUUCCAGGCCCUCGUCGGCCAGACCUGCUGAAAGUGCACCUGUAUCAGUGGAGGAGAUCCCGGCUCUCCUCGAUGAGGAACAUAUGGUCGAUAUUGGUCAAGGUUCAGAGUCAGUGGACAUCGUCGAGCCCGGGAGAGAGGUGAAGGCGGAGACAGAGGUGCAGGAGCUGGCGGAGAUCGCCAGUGUUGCAAGUGAAGGUAGCGCUGUGAGCGAACAACGGGAUGGAGAAGACGUAGGUUCAGAGACAGAUGCACCGUUCUCAGAGUCUGUCGCAGAGGAGGAAGAAGAAACGCGAGAAGACGACGAGGUAUACGAAGGCAAGAGUAUGUCGUUGCGGGAUAUAUUGGUACAAGCAGGUGACGCCACGUUUGCUCAGUACGAUUUGCUAGCUGAGGAUGACGAAGAUCUUGCGGACCAGACAUUCGGCUGGGAUUGA